UUUUCGUAAAUUGCGUUAGUUUAGAACCAUGUGUCUGUCCUCUGAACCAAGAGUUGUUUUCUUGCAUUCUUACAAGCUUCGUUGACUCUGUCAAUGGAGCUUCGGCCUCUAGGGAAUACAGGGCUUAAGGUCAGCGCAGUUGGCUUUGGUGCAUCUCCGCUCGGAAGUCAUUACAGUCCAGUCGCUCAAGAUGAUGCCAUCGCCGCCGUAUUAUGGAGGAACGCUUUCUGAGAAAGUGCUUGGUAAGGCACUGAAGGCUUUACAAGUCUCUAGAGGUGACUAUAUUGUGGCGACCAAGUGUGGAAGAUAUGAAGAAGGUUUUGACUUCAGCGCUGAAAGAGUAAGAAAGAGGCAUCGACGAGAGCUUGGAGAAUCUUCAGUUAGAUUAUGUUGACAUACUUCAUUGCCAUGACAUUUAAGUUCUGGUCUCUUGAUCAGGGACGAUCGAUGUGAUACUAUCAUACUGCCAUUACAGUAUUAAUGAUUCAAAGUUGCUACCUUACUUGAAGAGCAAAGGAGUGGGUGUGAUAACUGCUUCUCCAUUGGCAAUGGGUCUCUUUACGGAACAAGGUCCUCCUGAAUGGCACCCUGCCUCUCCUGAGAUCAAGUCUGCGUGCAAAUUCGCAGUUGUUCACUGUAAAUCAAAGGGUAAGAAGAUCGCAAAGUUAGCAUUGCAAUACAGCUUAGCAAACAAGGCUAUUUCAUCUGUUCUGGUUGGGAUGGGCUCUGUCUCAGAGGUAGAAGAAAAUGUUCAAGCAUUUACAGAACUUGAAGGUUUGGGUAUGGAUCAGGAAACUCUAUCUGAGGUUGAAGCUAUUCUCGAGCCUAUAAAGAAUCUGACAUGGCCAAGCGGAAUCGAUCACAAGUAAAAGCUCUUGCUUUUGUUUUUUUUGUUCACAGUAAACUCUGUUCUUGGUUCUUGGAAUGCUUAAUGUGUCGGUAACAAUGUAAGUUCUGGUUGAUAUGUAUUAAACAAAUCAUAGCAUAAUCGCAUUCAUUA